GGACUGGAGCGCUGCUACAGACCAGGGCCCGUUGGCAAGAGAACGGAGCUCCCCAAAAAGCUCCUCUAAUUCCCUCUCCCACAUGCCUGUGCCCACUGGCCUGCGCCUUUCCUUGGAUUUGGGCCGUUACUCAAGGUCCAGGCUCCGGGCUGAGGCUAGGCCGCGGCGGGAGAGAAAACGGCGGACUGGAUAUUUGGCUCACCCUGCAGCUCCUUGCGUUCAUUCUGCUUGGCCUGGUGUUCUUUCAGCAGGCGGGACAGCAUGGUCGCGGCGGGCUGGGGGCAGGGCGCGCCCGGCCCCCUCCGGCUCCCGGAACUGGAACGAGCUGCUCGGCUCCCGCUGGGCCCGGGGUCACGUGACUGCAGUGUCACGUGAGGCCCGGAACCGCCCUCCUUUUGAGACUUGGGGUGGUAGGUAAUGAGGAUCUUGGCUGGGAAGGGAGGGGAUAGUAGGGCCAGGUGAGCUCUUGUCUUUAUUGGGAGCUCACUUUUGGUGAGUGUGGGAAUGUGGGUUUCGUACCCACAUUGCAGAACCAGUUUUUAAUCUCCUCUGGAUCUCAGGCUCCCAGGAGGGUGGUUGUUGCCAGGCUGUCCAUCACGGUUCGGUUGUUGCGGGAGCAGAGGCUCCCAGGACUCAUUGAAAUUCUUUGCCUUCUCUGGCCGUUCCCUCCUGGCAGCUCUGGUCGGUUUUCAGUUGAUCCUCAGCUCCUCCCUCUAGGGGGGGGAAUGCUUUCCUCUCUCUUCCAGCUCGCUCUCUUCUCACCACCCCACCAAAGUCCCUCAGCUCUGGCUGCUCAUUGUCCAGAAGAAACAUUUUAGGCCCUUCCAGCGGCCUCCUAGGGAGCUUUGCUAAUUUGGCUGGCUAUGUGUGAUGAAUGUGCAAUUCCAUCUCUGUCCUUUUGUGGUCAGGGAAUGCAAACCCAUUUAUUUCAGUCUUACCAGUAGAAUAAGCUGCUGCCAAAGUAAAAGGUAAAUUAUAUAAUACCUCUCUGAACUAAAGAGAAAUGCUUCUGGGAUUAACCCCAACAAGAAAAAAUUAUAAACAUCAGCAACAUAUUCUUGCUAUUACAACAUUCUCUCUUGGUGUACUGUGCACUGACAUGCCGGGUGACUUUGGGCAAGUUGCUUAUCCACUCCAGGUGUUGGUUUUCUCCUUAGGAAAAUUAGAAGAUCGGAUUAAAUCAGUGGUUCUCAGCCCUGUCUAUACAUUAGAAUCAUCUGGGGAAGUUUUAAAAAAUAUGCCUUGGUCGAAGACCAAUUAACUAGAUCUCUGAGGGUGGAGGCCUGGUAUAAUUAUUUUUUAAAAAGUUGUUCAGGUGAUUCUGAUUUUUUGUUUUUUUGUUUUUGGUAUGCGGGCCUCUCACUGUUGUGGCCUCUCCCGUUGCGGAGCACAGGCUCUGGACGCACAGGCUCAGCAUCCAUGGCUCACGGGCCCAGCUGCUCCGCGGCAUGUGGGAUCUUACCGGACCGGGGCACGAACCUGCGUCCCCUGCAUCGGCAGGCGGAUUCUCAACCGCUGCGCCACCAGGGAAGCCCAGGCUGCUGGUGGGCGCUCCCCAGGCCCUGGCCCUGCCUGGGCAGCAGGCGAAUCGCACUGGAGGCCUCUUCGCUUGCCCCCUGAGCCUGGAAGAGACUGACUGCUACAGAGUGGACAUCGACCGGGGAGCUGACGUGCAGAAGGAGAGUAAGGAGAACCAGUGGUUGGGAGUCAGUGUUCGGAGCCAGGGACCUGGGGGCAAGAUUGUUACCUGUGCGCACCGAUACGAGGCGCGGCAGCGUGUGGACCAGACACUGGAGACGAGGGACGUGAUUGGUCGCUGCUUUGUGCUAAGCCAGGAUCUGGCCGUCCGCGAUGAGCUGGAUGGCGGGGAGUGGAAGUUCUGUGAGGGACGUCCCCAGGGCCACGAGCAAUUUGGGUUCUGCCAGCAGGGCACGGCUGCUGCCUUCUCCCCCGACAGCCACUACCUCCUCUUUGGGGCCCCAGGAACCUAUAACUGGAAGGGCACGGCCAGGGUGGAGCUCUGUGUGCAGGGCUCAGCGGACCUGGCACAUCUGGACGACGGGCCCUACGAGGCGGGGGGUGAGAAGGAGCAGGACCCCCGCCUCAUCCCCGUCCCUGCCAACAGCUACUUUGAAGAGGAGGAAACGAGGCCUGGGAGAAGCUUGCGUGAAUCAAACUCCUCCCCAUCUCCCCCCGUUUCUUCCUCUCCCGUCCGUGUGAAGUCUUCCUCUUCCUGCCAGGAUGGUUUCUCCAUCGACUCGGGGAAGAGUCUGGUGCGAGCAGAGGAGCUGAGCUUUGUGGCAGGGGCCCCCCGUGCCAACCACAAGGGUGCUGUGGUCAUUCUGCGCAAAGACAGCGCCAGUCGCCUGGUGCCUGAAGUUAUGCUGUCUGGGGAGCGCCUGACCUCUGGCUUUGGCUACUCGCUGGCGGUGGCUGACCUUAACAAUGACGGCUGGACAGAUCUGGUAGUGGGUGCCCCCUACUUCUUUGAGCGCCAAGAAGAACUGGGGGGUGCCGUGUAUGUGUACAUGAACCAGGGGGGUCACUGGGCUGGGGUCUCCCCUCUCCGGCUCUGCGGCUCUCCUGACUCCAUGUUUGGGAUCAGUCUGGCUGUCCUGGGGGACCUCAACCAAGAUGGCUUCCCAGACCUUGCUGUAGGGGCUCCCUUCGACGGGGAUGGGAAAGUCUUUAUCUACCACGGGAGCAGCCUGGGGCUUGUCGUCAAACCUUCCCAGGUGCUGGAGGGCGAGGCUGUGGGCAUAAAGAGCUUUGGCUACUCUCUGUCGGGCGGCCUGGAUGUGGAUGGGAACCGCUACCCGGACCUGCUGGUGGGCUCCCUGGCCGACACUGCCGUGCUCUUCAGGGCCAGGCCUGUCCUCCACGUCUCCCACGAGGUCUCUAUUCUUCCAAGAAGCAUCGACCUAGAACAGCCCAACUGCGCCAGUGGCCACUCGGUCUGCAUGGACCUCAGGGUCUGUUUCAGCUACAUUGCAUCGCCCAGCAGCUACAGCCCCGCUGUGGCCCUGGAGUACACGUUAGAUGGGGACACGGACCGGAGGCUCCGGGGACAGGUGCCCCGUGUAACCUUCCUGAGCCGUGGCCCGGAUGACCCCAAGCACCAGGCCUCGGGCACCGUGUGGCUGAAACACCAGCAUGACCGAGUCUGUGGAGACACUAUGCUUCAGCUCCAGGAGAAUGUCAAAGACAAGCUUCGGGCCAUCGUGGUGACUCUGUCCUAUAGUCUCCAGACCCCUCGGCUCCGGCGACAGGCUCCUGCCCAGGGGCUGCCCCCCGUGGCCCCCAUCCUCAAUGCCCACCAGCCCAGCACCCAGCGGACAGAGAUCCACUUUCUGAAGCAAGGCUGUGGUGAAGACAAGGUGUGUCAGAGCAACCUGCAGCUGGUCCACGCCCGGUUCUGCACCCGUGUCAGCGACACGGAGUUUCAGCCUCUGCCCAUGGAUGCGGAUGGGACGACAGCCCUGUUUGCACUGAGUGGGCAGCCAGUCAUCGGCCUGGAGCUGAAGGUCACCAAUCUGCCUUCGGACCCAGCCCAGCCCCAGGCUGAUGGGGAUGACGCCCAUGAAGCCCAGCUCCUGGUCACCCUCCCUGCCUCUCUGCACUAUUCAGGAGUCCGGGCCCUGGACCCUGCGGAGAAGCCGCUGUGCCUGUCCAAUGAGAACGCCUCCCAUGUUGAGUGUGAGCUGGGGAACCCCAUGAAGAGAGGUGCCCAGGUCACCUUCUACCUCAUCCUUAGCACCUCAGGGAUCACCAUUGAGACCACAGAGCUGGAGGUGGAGCUGCUGUUGGCCACGAUCAGCGAGCAGGAGCUGCGGCCGGUCUCUGCCCGAGCCCGUGUCUUCAUCGAGCUGCCGCUGUCCAUCACGGGGGUGGCCAUUCCCCAGCAGCUCUUCUUCUCUGGCGUGGUGCGGGGCGAGAGCGCCAUGCAGUCUGAGCGGGAUGUGGGCAGCAAGGUCAAGUAUGAGGUUACGGUCUCCAACCAAGGCCAGUCACUCAAGACCCUGGGCUCGGCCUUCCUCAACAUCAUGUGGCCCCACGAGAUUGCCAACGGGAAGUGGCUGCUGUACCCCAUGCGGGUGGAGCUGGAGGGCGGGCAGGGGCCGGGGACGAGGGGACUCUGUUCCCCCAGGCCCAACGUCCUCCACCUGGAUGUGGACAGCAGGGACAGGAGGCGGCGGGAGCUGGGGCAGCUGGAGCCACGGGAGCCUCACGAGCAGCCGGAGCCCAGCACGUCCUGGUGGCUAGUGUCCUCUGCUGAGAAGAAGAAAAACGUCACCCUGGACUGCACCCGGGGCACGGCCAGCUGCGUGGUGUUCAGCUGCCCUCUCUACAGCUUUGACCGUGCAGCUGUGCUGCAUGUCUGGGGCCGCCUCUGGAACAGCACCUUCCUGGAGGAGUACUCGGCUGUGAAGUCCCUGGAAGUGAUUGUUCAAGCCAACAUCACCGUGAAGUCCUCCAUCAAGAACUUGCUGCUCAGAGAUGCCUCCACAGUGAUCCCAGUGAUGGUGUACCUGGACCCCGUGGCUGUGGUGGCAGAAGGAGUCCCCUGGUGGGCCAUCCUUCUGGCUGUACUGGCCGGGCUGCUGGUGCUGGCGCUGCUGGUGCUGCUGAUGUGGAAGAUGGGAUUCUUCAAGCGGGCGCGGUACCCCGAAGCCACUGUGCCCCAGUACCACGCGGUGAAGAUCCCACGGGAAGACCGGCAACAGUUCAAGGAAGAGAAGACGGGCACCAUCCUGAGGAAUAACUGGGGCGGCCCCCGGGGCGGAGGGCCCGAUGCACACCCCAUCCUGGCUGCGGAUGGGCACCCGGAGCCGGGCUCCGAUGGGCACCCUGUGCCAGGCACUGCCUAGCCUCCUCCUUCCCAGCCUGGCCCAUGGGUCCCCUGCACCCCUUCCCCAGAGAUGGCUCCUAGGGAUGAAGGGGGCAGGCUGGGUUGCCGGUGUCCCAUCAGGAUGUGGCAGGAUCUGUUUCCUCAGGGGCACAGACCUCUCUCCCCGUGAGGACCACACCCCCCCCCAAACCUCCCCUUAGGAUGCUGUGAGAUGAGAGGGGGUAAAUCAGGGAUGGGUGAGGAGGGCAGUGGUGUCCUGAUGCAAAAGUGGGGAGAAGGGACCCUAAUCCUUCCCUCUCCCAUUCACCCUGUAUAAUGAGACCCCGAGGACCUAUCUCCCUGAAAGUGCCUUAAGCCCAGAGGGUGGGGAGGAGGUUAUGUCGCUGACUCAGGGGCUCUUCCCUCCCUGGCUUCCCCUCUCCUCUGACCUUAGUUUGCUGCAUCCAUCAGUGGGUUUUGUCUAUUUAUUAAAAACGAUGUGAGGACGAAGCCUCUGGCUUCUUUGCUGAGUGCUGCAGGGUCUCCAGAGAGGACUGGUUCUCUCUGCAUCCCCACAGCCCAGGACAAAGGUGGUGGUUGGAGGGAGCGCAGGGCGCCUGGCAGGGAUACUGGUGACUUUUGUGACCAGGUCCUGGGGGCACGUGGGUGUGGUCUCAGAAGUGGGGGGAACGCGGGGAAGGGACGGGGAGCUGUCCUAGGGGUAGUGGGCAAAAACUGGGAGACCCAGUCGAGGAAUUUGCAGUUAGGGAUAUGACAGGGUGUAACUGUUUCCGCCCCGUAGUCAGGGUGGGAAUAGAGCUUUCUCACUGCACAAGGAAGGGUUGAAGUUAGAGAAGGAGAGGGGCUCCCCGCGGAGAGGUGGGAGAAGGAGGGGCUUAUUUCACCGCCUUUCCCAUGAUAUGGGGCCCAACAGGUAACCACUUGAUGGGAGGGGGUUGUCGUUCCAUUUGGAGUUCAGAGAACUGGGCAUUCUCCAGAUCUUUCCAGGUCUCUCUGGUGAGGCAGCAGCCGUCCCCAAUGUGUUUCCAGGUGGGCUCUAAAACCUGCUGCCACAGGAAGGCCCAGCUUCCACGCGGCUCAGCCACGUGCUCCCAGAAAAAAAACAUUCCUCCCUGGGAGAGAAGAGAGAGCGUCACUUACCUGCUCCAUUCCGCAACCUUCCUCUACUCUCACCUCCAUCCCGCUGACCAAGCCUGGUCAGAACCUCUUGGUGGAGUGGGAGGUGCUGGCCUGCGAGUUUAGGGAGACCGUCCGGCUCUGUGACCUUCUCUGCAUCCCCCGGCUCUUACCCCCCAACUCAAAGUGAGUGUGAAGAGCCUCCUGUGACCUAGGGGCCAUGACCGGUGAGAGAUUUUUAAACAAUGACCCGAAGGCCAGCGUAGCCGAGGGCAGACAGAUGGGGAGGUGGGGAACCAGGAGCAGAGAUCUCAUUGGAUACAGAGAUGCUCGCGCUGAGCCCUCUCCAGAGACCAAGACGCCUGCAUCCCGGACAUCUCAGCCAGCAUCCCACGGAAGGGUGCACUGGGCUCCUGAGUGAGCUGGGGUUCCUCCAGCUCUUCCCUCCUCACUGUACCCUCCCUAGGUGAUCUCAUGCACCCAAAACAAAAAAACCAACCAAAAGUUACAAGUAACUCUUAACGUUAAUGAAUUUAAACCUUCCAGAAAGCAUGAAUCUAAAAGGAAAUGUCCAACAGGUGAUACAAGCCAGAUAUGCUACGGCCUUUCCUGUUUCGGUCUCAAAUUCCAACGCGCUUGGAAUUUACCAGCUACAAGCUGAUGACGUCCAAACCUAAAUCUCCAGCUACGUCUUUUUCUGACCUCCAGAUCUGGACUUAAAGUGCCUCUGGGUUUUCUGCCCGGCUGUCUCCAUGGGACCACAGACCUAACAAGUCCCAAACAGGCUUCUUCUGUCCUGCAAAUGGUACUUCUCUCUACCCUCCCUCACUCCCUCCACCAGUCGCUCAUGCCAGAAACCUGGAAAUCAUCCUAAACUCCUUUCUGUCCACACCCAGUUCCAAACUUUAAGGAUUCCACUACCCCAAUACCUCUACUUAGAACACUCUUUUGUUUCCGCCACUCCCUCCACCCCCUGCUUAACCCCUCAGAUCUCAGUUUAAACACCACAUCCCUAGGUGUCCUUCACCCCUCUUUCCCCCUUUGUUAGGCGAAUCACCUGUGUGAUUCCACAGCACCCUGUCCUGCCCCAUCCAGGCCCUGGUCAUAUCUCCUGUUCACCAGCAGGUGGCGGUGGGUGGGUGUCUAAUGCACUAGUGUCUGAGAUUCCCCAUCCUGGGUGCCCUGGACACCAGGGUGGCUGAUGCUACGUUUGUUGCCCCGUGCCCAUACACUUCCCAUUCUGCUCACCGGCCUCAGUACUCUCCGAACUUCCUGCAGGACCCUCUUUGGGCUCUGCACCGAGCACAGCACCAAGGUGCUGACCACCACGUCCAUGGAGCCACUGGCCAGCUGUUUCAUGUCCUCUCCGAAAGCCACCACAAACCGUUCAUAUUCAAGAUGCCUAUUCUUGGCCAUACUCUUUGUCAGGAACUUCUCAAAGUGAGGGUUCGGGUCCAGGCAGGUGAUCCUGCAGCCACAUGGGUAGAACUGGAAGUUGGCGCCAGUGCCACAGCCCAGCUCCAGCAGGGCCACCUUCCCCGAGGCUCCUGCCAGCCCCUUUAUCUGGCUGAAGAGCUCCUGUUUCUUGCUGUCCAUCUUGCGGUUGCACUUGACUGUCAGCAUGGCCAUCAGGUAGGGGAAAUAGGUCUUGCACAGGGGCUCCCAGAAACCCAGCAGAGCCAUGAGGUGCAGGGGCAGGGUCAGGAUUAGCACCAGCAGCUGCAGGAGUCGGACCAGGGUGUCCAUGGUAGCCUGGCUCUGAGUGGAGCUUCCCUUGGGUGGCUGGCCUGUCUCUCUGCUCCGCCGCUGCAGACUCGAGUCUCCUUUCGCCCAGUGAUAGGACUUUGUUCCCUGUCUCCUACUUGGCCGUUUCCUCUUUGCCGGGGAGGAGUUGAUGUAUGAAAUCUCUCCAGAGGGCGUCGGUCCCAAAAUCCCGUAGGCUCUUCAACCAAUUUUAUUACGUGGGGGCGAAGAAACAGGUGGUGCCGGUGUGUCCCGAGUUCUGGAACGCUGUGCCCAGUUGAAGAGGCUGGUGUGUGCUGAUCAUCUCAGAGGGACGCGGGAAGGGGGAGGGGAGCUACGUCUCAGAUCACAGCUUCAUGGGGGCCAAAUGCCCCGGCAGAGCAGACUCCUGCGGCACGUCCCGGCCUCAUUCCGGGCUCAGGUUCUGCUCAGUUUAUGCGAGUUGGAAAUUCUGGUUGGGUGCCCCUGGAACACCCUCAGGGCUUUGUAAACUGUAACAUGCCUCUGCCCCAGAUAGAAGCCGAACACAGAGAAGGAUGUGUCAACCCCAGGGGGGCGGUCACAAAACUUCUCUGCUGGGCAGCUGCACAGGGGCUGCCCUAGCUCCAGCAGCGCCGUGUGGAGACACUUUCCUGAAAUAGCUCAUCCCUGCCUGACUCAGGAAUUGUCCCAGACCUUAUCCCUCAGCCCCGCGCUGGCCGGGGCACAGUGGGUUUGACCGUCAGGACAGAGGCAGUGGACUUGGACAGAGCAGCCGCCCCAACCAGGGACUUUGUUUAAAGUCGUCCUCCCCCAGAGGCCACCAAUGACCCUGGGAAAUGCUCCUCGUGAGACUUGAGGCUAUUGGACUUUCCCUCUUGUAGAGUGCCCAUGCGUAGUGGCUGAAGGAAGUUUUGUUUAGAGAAAAGAAAAUCAACAUUCGUUUUAUUGUUGAGUGGUAUUCCAUUUUAUGGAGUUACCAUAAAUUAUUUAUCCAUCCAGCUGUUGACGGACAUUUGGAUUGUGUCCAGUUUUUGUCUAUUACAAAUAGAACUGCUAUGAACGUUUAUGUCCAUGUCUUUGUGUGGAUAUAUGCUUAUAUUUCCUCUGUGUAAAUACCUGCAUGUGGAAUGGCUAUUCAUUUAUUUAAAAUGUGUAAUUAUUCUUUUGUUUUGGUGGUAUCAUUUAAUUUUUUUUUCUUCUUUUUUUUUGGUUGUAGUAAAAUGCACAUAACAAAACUUACCAUCUUCACCAUUUUAAUUGUACAAUUCAGUGGUAUUAAAUAUAUUAACACUGUUGUGGACCCAUCACCGCCAUCCACCCCCAUAAUUCUUUUUUUUUUUUUUUUUGCGGUACGCGGGCCUCUCACUGCUGUGGCCUCUCCCAUUGUGGAGCACAGGCUCCGGUCGCGCAGGCUCAGCGGCCGUGGCUCACGGGCCCAGCCACUCCGCGGCAAUGUGGGAUCUUCCCGGACCGGGGCACGAACCUGCGUCCCCUGCAUCGGCAGGCGGACUCUCAACCACUGCGCCACCAGGGAAGCCCGACAUGACAAUGUUAAAGAAGUAACACUCUGUAAACAAUGAUAUGCUAUAUAAAAAGCACUGAACUGUGAGUCAGAAAUUCCGCACUUAGUUCCCAUUCUACCAUUUGCAAGCUAAGUAGCCUGUCAUUUAUCUGAGCCUUAGUUUCUUCCUUUGUUCCAAGGGAAAAAUACGUUGUGCCUACCUCUCAGAUGAGGCUCAAAUGAAAUAAUGCAGGUGAGAGUGCUUUGUAAACCGCUUGCAUCAUUCAGAGCUAAGAUAUCACUGUAUGGUUAUUAUUAUUUUGCCUAGUAAACAUCAAGAUGUGGAAGAUCAGAGUAAAGCUUCAAUCAAAGCCAGAUAGCUGCUUUUACUGAGCUCUCCUUUUUUCUUCUCUCAGGGAAGAGUGUUGUGGAUGGGAACUUGAAGUUUGCACCUGACCUAGGAGGGGGUGUGUGACCUAGCAGAGCUAAUGCAGGCUUGGGAAGAAGUCAUGUGUUCCCUAGCAUAGGUUGUCAUUUUGUAAGGAAUAGAAUCCAAAUCUUAACGUGAGGGGCAAUAUAUAUAUAUAUAUUUUUUUUUGUGGUACGUGGGCCUCUCACUGUUGCGGCCUCUCCCGUUGCGGAGCACAGGCUCCGGACGCGCAGGCUCAGUGGCCAUGGCUCACAGGCCUACCCGGACCGGGGCACGAACCCGUGUCCCCUGCAUCGGCAGGCGGAGUCUCAAUCACUGCGCCACCAGGGAAGCCCGCAAUAUAUUCUUAAUGCGAAACCAGAUUUUACUGGCUAGAGAAAAAUUAAUCCUUGCUAUAGUGAGGUGUGCUUGCUUUUUAGAUAACUUGUGAGGAAACUGGCUACCGCACGCAAACCUACUCCAUUCAUGCAAUCAGAGAGCUCCUCCCCACUUUGGAUCUGGUAAAAUCUGGACAGAGGAGAGCUUCUAUCAACACUUGGCUAAAAUCUGAAGCUUGAACAUGGUUUGAGAAAGAGGAAGAAGAAACCUUUUUCUUCUUAAGUCCUGGGUCUUUAAGGACUCCUUUGCUGUGUGAUACAGGGAUGAGUUAAAUAAAGCUGCCGUCUAGUCCUUUUAUUCUGGACUGCUCUGUCCAGAGUUCCCUGGCCAGACAGGAAAGAAAUGGUGUAAAUAUCCAUUAUAGCACUGGGAGUGAUUUUUUUUUUCACUUGGGGAAGCCUGGAGAGGCAGAAGGAUGCUGCCAGGGGCUGAGAUAUGGCCGUGGAUGGAGGGGAUGAACUUCUCCCCACCUCCUUGGGUUUGCUGCGAGGAGGCAUCACUUUGACCUACUACAGGUGCUCUCCUGGUAAGAGAGAACUGGAGGUUGACUUAUCUGAAUUCUCACUCCCUACCUCCCAUGGGGAGCAGAGAAAUUCCCACAGGGACAGAAAGGAAGGCUCUUGUUAUCACGCAGGGAACCAGGAGAGCUUUUUGGCCUGGGCCUUGUAUUCCUGAAGGCCCUCAAGUAUAGAUUUUGCUAUUAUUGCCAAGUAAGGUCACAUUGUCUUUGCAUUUAUUGAUUGUAUUAGAAGUUUUGGUUGGUUAAAAAUAAACAUAAAAAAUAGACCAAUGUUUUAUAUAUACACUUACACUACCAAAUGUAAAGUAGAUAGCUAGUGGGAAGCAGCCGCAUAGCACAGGGAGAUCAGCUCGGUGCUUU